CAUGGCAGCUGUAGUAUCGGAGGCUCCGGGUCAAGGCCCAGCGGAGUGGAAUAGUAUGGGCAGCACCGGGUAUAGGGCAGAGAGAGCUUUGUAUCACCCUUGCUAUUGAGCCCUGAAGACCUGUCGUUGGAGGCCUACAGGACUCCUCUCCUCAUUCUAGACUUGGAGAGAGUUUGGGGGGCUCGUCCCAGCCCUGGGGGAGUCACUGGAUAGGGGUUUGCCCCAGAGAGAGAGGGCACCGAGAGAACGAACAGAUUCGCUAGGGUUUUCCUCCCGCUCUGCUGCCACCUCGGGGGCGUGGGCCCGUUGUCCCACCCCUCGUUCCUAUGAGACAGGAAAUCGCUUGUUUGAGUGUUUUCCCCGUACGCUUGCUGUCUCUGUUAGCCCGCGGGAUUCAGUGACUGGUAUCUGAAAACCCAGGACUGGGAUUUAGGAUUGCUGGGAGUUUGGUCUGUGUCUUUAUCAGCAAAAAGGGGCUGUUUCCAGUUGCGUUGAAGAAAAGGUGCCUGGUGAACACAUCCGCUGGUGGGAAGGACGAAAGACCUGGAAAGCGCACUUAUUCUCUUGGAACCACGACACGUGUUUAAGAAUCUAAGCACCCUUUGAAGCCUGUGAGAAUUUGUAAUCUGUUGGUGGUGGGUGAAUAAAGGAAGGCAUGAUGGAUGAUUUCAUCUCCAUUAGCCUGCUGUCUCUGGCUAUGCUGGUAGGAUGUUACGUGGCUGGAAUCAUUCCCUUGGCCGUUAAUUUUUCGGAGGAGCGACUAAAACUGGUGACUGUUUUGGGUGCUGGCCUUCUCUGCGGAACUGCCCUGGCGGUCAUCGUGCCUGAAGGAGUACACGCACUUUAUGAAGAUAUUCUUGAGGGGAAACACCACCAAUCAAGUGAGACACAGAAUGUGAUUGCAUCAGACAAAGCAGAAAUGCCAGUUGCCCAUGAACAUGAGCACAAUCACGACCACACACAACUACAUGCCUACAUCGGUGUUUCCCUAGUACUGGGCUUCGUUUUCAUGUUGCUUGUGGACCAGAUUGGCAGCUCCCAUGUGCAUUCUGCUGAUGAUUCAGAAACAGCAAGGCCUACCAAUUCCAAAAUCACCACCACGCUGGGUCUGGUCGUCCACGCUGCAGCUGACGGUGUUGCUUUGGGAGCAGCAGCUUCUACUUCACAGACAAGUGUCCAGUUAAUUGUGUUUGUGGCAAUAAUGUUACAUAAGGCUCCAGCUGCCUUUGGGCUGGUUUCCUUCUUAAUGCAUGCUGGCCUAGAGCGGAAUCGAAUCAGAAAACACUUACUGGUCUUUUCACUGGCAGCACCAGUUAUGUCCAUGGUGACUUACUUAGGACUGAGUAAGAGCAGUAAAGAAGCCCUUUCAGAGGUCAAUGCCACUGGAGUGGCCAUGCUUUUCUCUGCUGGGACAUUUCUUUAUGUUGCUACAGUACACGUCCUCCCUGAGGUGGGCGGAAUGGGACACAGUCACAAAUCUGACCCUGCUGGGGGGAGAGGCCUCAGCCGCCUGGAAGUGGCAGCCCUGGUUCUGGGUUGCCUCAUCCCACUCAUCCUGUCAGUAGGACACCAGCACUAAUCUGGUGCCAGCCUCGACCUACGGCUGCUUGCCAUCCUGUGAGAAGAGCCGGCACACGACAGCUGCUCACUUCCUCCGUCUCUUGUCUCACCUUGCCCAUCUCCACCUGUAUGCCUAGAGUCCAGAGGGAGGUGAGAUUAAAACCUGGAGUAAUGGAAAGCUUUUAGAGUAGAAGCAACACAUUGGAUUGGACAUAGACAUUCCAUUGUGUUGUCUUUGAAAGGGCCCUUGGCAUUUUGAGUUUUGAUGUUUCUCUUAACCCUAUUCUCAGGGAAGAUGGAAUUUCGUUUUAAGGAAAAGUGGAGAACUUCAUGCUCACCGUGAAACAGUAAUUAUGAAAUUACAGUGUUCUGAAAAAGCUAAAUCUCUUAGUUUAGAGGCUCUGCCACUUUAUCCACUGAUUUUUAACAUGGUUUUUACCGUGUACAACUGGUGCUUUAGCAUCUGUGCUAUAUGCCUUGAUAGAAGGUCAUAAUGCUCACUGUCUUAGAUGCUAAAGAUUAUUGUAAUUAAUUUGGGGCCAGAGUCAGGAAAAUGAUAAGACACAUUGAAACUGACUUUAUAUUCGAGGCAUCCAUGAAAAGGGGGUGUCUGGAGAGACAUACUGCGCGUGCCUCUCUAAAGAAAGCCUGCUAUUCCAUCAAAUGGAGCAACCGAGGUGAACUAGCUUCUAAAGAGGUGACUAGCAUUUUGUAGUGUUUUUGUUUUUUUUUUUAAGUUCUCUGCAGAAUGCCUGCCUCCAAAACAUUCUUAUCAAAGAGCCAAAUUCUAGUAGGUUAAGGUCUAGGUUUUCCUUCAAGGACAGUCAGAUUCCAAAGUAUCUUUGGAAAUUAAAGGGUGUUAAAUUUUAAGUGAAUUUGAAUAGUUGUUGACAUCUUUGUAGUAGCCUUUUUACAAGUAAGAUUACCAAAACCUAUGGUGUCCUUUUUUUUCUAAGUAUUCCUCUUAGCAGACCAGGAGACCCUCUGGCAAACUUUGGUGCCCUUGAGGAGUGCUUGGUCAGUCAGCAUCACGUAACAUAAGCACCUGUAACAGUAAAGAAAGUCAAGAUGUAUCACAAAUGGGAAUUGUUUGCCUGUUGAUUUUAGACUUACUGAAAUCAUGUCUCUUGUUACUUCAUCUUUUCCAUGCUUUUCUCCUAACUUUUUCUCCAACCCUUCCUCCCUGCAAUAUGCUGCUUACUGCUGGUGGCAAUGUUAAUGUGUAUGUGAGGUGAGUUCUCCUCAGGACAACCACUUCUUGAACUGUGAUGAUGAAGAUAAUAUUGCCUGUUCUUUAUUCCCUUCAGUGAAGUUACCUUUGUGUCUAGUGCAGCUUUGUUAAGCCCUUAAAAUAAUCAUUUCCUCAUAUGUAAGGUGGUACAAUCACUAAUAGUCUGGUAAUUUAAACAAUUGAGAUAGUAAAAGUGUUUAACAGACUAGGAUAUUUUUUCUUAUUUGCCAAAAUCCCUAUAAGCCUUGUGUUAGCAAAUAAGUGUAUAAUAUUGUAUUAUUAAUUUAUUUUCAUUUUCUGUACCAUUUCAAAACACACUACAUGAAGAGGAAACCAAGACUUUUCUUCAGGGCAGUGGACUUACAGUUUGUAAAACAUUUUAUAUGAUGCAUAUGCCAGCAUGCCUAUGAUUUCUUUAUUUCCUUCCUAGAGGUGACACUGGGUCAGCAGCGUGGAAAUGAGCUUGCAGGCCCUCUGCCGACUGUAGACCAAAGUAGCACAUACAGGACAUGGUUUUGUGUACUGGCGGCAACCAUGACAUUUGAUGUUAAAGCCAAUGGGAGGUAUAGUGCAGAAGGGCCUAGUUAUUUUCCUGAUAACAGUCUGACUUAGGAGAGUUAUGGGGUUUAUCUGGCCCUUCAGAAUGACAUGGCUGCCUUCAUUCUCUUGCAAAUGACUGUGUUUAAUAGCACAUUUAGUAUCCGGUUUGGUUUGGGUAGUAGCACUUUCUAUCAUUCUGUUGUGUGCAAUGAUCAGAAAUUUGUUCUGCUGGCCAAAGCCUCUUUCAGCAGUGCCUUGCCAUCACACUUAAAAGUUUGGCUAGAGUAUCUUGCUGGGUAGGGCAAGGCUUGAACCGUCGAACUUCCAAAUUUGCCUUCCCCUCUGAACCUCAUGUUAAUGAGCAAACCUUUCAAGGCCUGUUGGCUCUCAGAAGCUACAAGCUUUCCCAGAUUUUAAAGCUGCCUCCUCAGGAAAGCCCCAUUUCCUGGCCAGCAGGCAAAAACAGCCAUACUAACCUUACAGGGCUCAAAUGCAUCUUUAGAGAGUAGGGAACCGAGUGGCAAGGCAGAGCCUCCUUCUUCGCUGGGGCAGGGACUUGUUCUUGGUAGACGUCGUCCCAGGAGAGGCCAGCUUGUGGUUGGCCACUGUGGGCAAGUCUCAGUUGUGUUUUCUUCUUGUUUAAAACUGCCUCAUUAGAUGGGGAUGCCUUAAUGCUUUCACUCCUUUGAAAAUAUUGGUCAUGCUUAAGUUCCUGCCAUGAUUACAGGUGGAAUUAUUGGCUACCAAAGAGCUGUAAUCGAUGAUGGUCCUUCCUCAUAACCAAAGUUAAUCUUAAUUGCAAUUGGAUUCUCCUUCCUUGGUAAGGAUAGACUCUCUUCAGAUUCUAAGUAUUCUUUUAAGUGGAAAAUUAAACUGAAAAAGGACUACUGAUCCAUCCCUCCCUUGUUCCCCAGUGAAUUGCUUAUCAGCUCCCAUCUCCCCAAAGCAGUGAUGCUUGAGGUCUGAUGGCUUUGCUGUGCACACUUUUGCCAGAUUUUAGAUGACGGUUCUGCUCUGGAGUAUAGAGUUGGAAAUGGUACCACCCACAGAGGCUAUGUGUUCUUUCCCCUCCUUUCCAUUUUUUAUUUUCCUGUUCAAAACAGUCAGCCCUGUGCCUGUCUUACAGAUUAUUAGGAAAAAAAGAGAUGGUGGUUUUGAGUGUUCAGUUUUUUUGUAAAAAAGAGAACUAUAUUGUCGAUUUUAUUUAAAUUUUACUGGCCUGCUUCUAAGUGUCACUGCCUGGUUUUUCUCUUUUUUCAAGAACUGGAACUAGGAGGGCACACCAGCAUUAGAGUGUAUUAAACCCCUCAGACACAUGGUAACUAGGUACUGAACACGGGAACUGCUGUCAAUGGCAGAAGCUGCCAAAGAACAUUCCUGAACUGCUACAGUGCAAGGUGAGAACCAUCUGUAGAUAUUCUCCAGAGGGAACCUUCCUUGCAUUAGAAAAUUUCUGCUCAAAACAGAAUGGUCUCCAUCUCCCAAAGAACACUGGUGGAGAAUCUGUGAAAUUAAAACCAAUGAUGUAGCUAGCCCCUUUGUAAGCGAGACACCUAGAUUCACCUCAGGAGACCUGAGGGAAAUGUGUGACUUGGAGGAAAGGACUAGACAAGCGUGAGAAAUG